GGUCCUUGGUGGAGGUGACGUGUCCCAGUGGCAGGUGCAUAAAGCUGUGAGCCUGCAGGCUGCGGGCAGACUGAGAGCUUCUCUCAAGAUGAAGGUUCUGCUGCUGUUGGUCGUGCUGCUCGCUGAUGCGCUCAGCAAGGACACCUUUGAAGGACAUCAAGUCCUUCGCAUCGUAGCAGAAGAUGAAGUCCAGUUGUCUCUUCUGGCGCAGCUCAGAGACAUGGAGGAACUUCAACUGGACUUCUGGAUGGAGGUUAUUGACGUGAACAAUUUUGUGGAUGUCAGAGUUCCUGGCCACAAUCUGGAGUCUGUCAAAGGUUACUUGGACAACAACAACAUCCAUUUCUCCGUCAUGAUUGAAGACCUGCAGGCGAUCCUGGACGAGGAGCAGGAGGACAUGGACGCUUCCACUCGUAAAGCCGAGCCCAGAAACACAGACAGCUUCGACUUCUACAGAUACCACACCAUCAGCGAGCUGUACAGUUUCCAGGAUAUGCUGGUUGCUGAGAAUCCCACACUGGUCAGCAAGCUGGUGAUUGGUCAGAGUUACGAGCGUCGUCCCCUCAACGUGCUCAAGUUCAGUACCGGUGGAAGCAAACGUCCCGCCAUCUGGAUUGACACAGGGAUCCACUCCAGGGAGUGGGUGACCCAGGCUAGCGGUGCCUGGUUCGCCAAGAAGAUCGUGACCGACUACGGCCGCGACCCCGCGCUCACCGCCAUCCUCAACAAGAUGGACAUCUUCCUGGAGAUGGUCACCAACCCUGACGGAUACUACUACACCCACACUAGAAACCGCAUGUGGCGCAAGACCAGGAAGCCCAAUCCUGGUUCUAGCUGUGUCGGUGUCGACCCCAACAGGAACUGGGAUGCUGGUUUUGGAGGACCCGGGGCCAGCGGUAGUCCUUGCUCCGAGACAUACCGUGGAUCCAGAGCCCAUUCCGAGUCGGAAGUCAAGUCCAUCGUGGACUUUGUGAAGUCUCAUGGCAACAUCAAGUCCUUUGUGUCCAUCCACUCGUACUCGCAGAUGCUGCUGUACCCUUACGGCUACACCCGGACCCCCGUCAGGGACCAGGCUGAGCUGCACAAUCUAGCCAAGAAGGCCAUCACUGACCUGGCAUCCUUGUACCGCACUCGCUACAGAUACGGAAGCAUCAUCAACACCAUCUACCAGGCCAGCGGCGGCACCAUCGACUGGACCUACAACCAAGGCAUCAAGUACUCGUUCACCUUCGAGCUGAGGGACACUGGACGUUAUGGCUUCAUACUGCCCGCCAACCAGAUCGUGCCCACAGCCAAGGAGACAUGGUUGGCCCUCAUGGCCAUCAUGGACCACAGCUCCAAGAACCUGUACUGACCUGCACAGCGCCACCUGUAGGGGGAAUGUUGUUUGACGCCUCAAGUGUCAUCAAGCAGACCAAUAAAAGAAUGCAAGUG